AUGGCAAGCGAGAUUGAAAGGCUAGGCAUCACAGUUAUGGCCACCACUACUGCCUUGCUCAAUCUUGCAGCUUUUACGCAUCCGCAAGUCUUCGCCAAGCUGCGCAUCUGCUUUAUAGGAGGUGAAGCAGCCAAUCUUGCCGCCCUAAAAAUCAUACUCGAGGAGGGCCCUCCGGAGAUGCUCAUCAACGCAUACGGACCGACUGAGUGCUGUAUCUUCUGCCUGGCUCAUCGAAUCACGCCCAAAGACAUCCGGGAUGGCUCCGUGAGCAUUGGAAAGCCCGUCGGCGACGCCAUUGCUUACAUUGCCGACGACACAGGCCGCCCCAGUGACGAGGGGGAACUCUGGAUUGGUGGUCCUGGCGUGUCCCCAGGCUAUGUCAACCAGCCAGACAAAAACGCUGUCGCGUUUACAACCAGCCCAGACCUGACGACCAUCGAAGACGGUCAGGUUGACUACAUCGGUCGCCGCGACCACCAAGUCAAGGUCCGCGGGUUUCGCAUCGAACUUGGAGCAGUUGAGUCGGCCCUUCUCGUAACUCGUCUGUUUGCAGAAGCCGUGGCAAUGAAGAUAGAAAUCCCAGAAAUGGGAGCCGGGUCGAUCUUAGUGGCCUAUGCCGUACCUAUCGAUUUGUCCAAGCCGCCCGCCACCGACGAAGCAAUGCAGUCUAUCAAGGCCAUCCUUCCUGAUUACAUGGUUCCUCAGCUAGAGGUCAUCUCGCAAAUGCCCCUAAACAACCACGCCAAGAUAGAUCGCAAGCGGUUAGCAGAGCUAUUUAGUCUCUGGGCAACAAUUCUAGCAACGCCGAUUUCUGUAUUUGGGGAUCAAGACGACUUUGUUAACCUCGGCGGCACAUCUCUUCAGGCUUCCCUGCUUAUAAGUCAAAUCCGGCGCACCUUUGGCGUACAAGUCUCCCUCCUUACGCUCUACGAUAAUUCGACCCUAUGCGCCCUUGAGUCGGUAAUCACAGAGGGCCUAAACGGACGUUCUGAAACUCUCCGUGACGAGAGAGACGCUUGGCUUGCCGACAGCAUGGUUGCCGACGACCUGCCCUGCCCAUCAGGGACAGUAAUCGACUGGUGUCGGGACCUCGAAGGACGCAUAUUCAUCACGGGAUCGACCGGGUUUGUCGGCGCCUUUAUGCUUGCCGACCUCUUGCGUAUGCCGCACGUCCGCCAGAUUGGCUGCCUUGUUCGCGCAACCAACGAGACGGCCGGCAUGGAGAGGCUAAAGGCUGGCAUGGCCAAGUAUAAUCUCUGGGAGGAGUCAUUUGCCUAUAAGCUUCUUGCUAUCCCCGGUCUCCUUGAGGAUGAGUAUCUAGGAAUGGGCCGAAACCGUUUCGAGGAAGUUGCUAGUUGGGCCAGCGUCGUCUUUCACCUGGGAGCCCGCGUAAACUACACACAACCCUACUCGCUACAUCGGGCUGCCAACACCUUAGGCACACUAAACGUGGUGCGCUUCGCCUGUACUGGACGAGUCAAGGCAGUCCAUUAUGUCUCUAGCAUUUCCUGCUUCGGACCUACAGGGUUUGUAACGGGCGCGACUACAGUCAAGGAAGAUGAGUCGCUACUACCGCAUCUCGUCGCUUUGCCGUACGACCAUGGCUAUGCCCAGAGUCAAUGGGUGGCUGAGCAGCUUAUGCGGCGUGCCUGCAAUCCUGACGACUUUUUCUGUCGCCUGAUUCAAGCCUGCUGCGAAAUGGGAUGCUACCCUAAGCUUCCUAGACAACGCAAGGAGUUUGUGCCGGUCGACUACGUCAAUGCUGCCAUCCUGCAUAUUGCUAUGUCCCCAGAGUCACUCGGCCGAGCCUAUCACAUUGUGCCCCCGACACGGGCAGUGUCUAUUGACAUGGACGACUCAAUGAAUCUAAUUGGCGAGCGCUUGCUGCCGUUGCAGCCCAUGUUGGCAGAACAAGUACAGGAUGGGCAAAGCUAUCCGGGUGGAUUGGAGUUUCCUGUGUUGGGAGCCUCGUUGAUGAAGAAAUACCUUGAAUUCCUUCAGGCACACUAUUAG